AUGCUAUCUCUAUUAUUUAGUUUUUCUCUUAGUGGCCAAUUUGUUCCAUUUGUUCCUGAGGAGACAAUGAUGCUUUUCAACUUAAAUCUCACAGAAAUUGCAAAAUUGGUUCAAGAAGCUCCACGCGUUGUUGUUUAUCUUCACGAUAAUGGUGUAACAGAAUGUUUUCAAUACAGAACAAAACUAGCUGAUGCAAUUAGAUUGUUCCCUGAUCUCGUUUUUAUUCAAUUAGACGUGAAAGACGCAGAAGGUAUAAUUGAACAAUUAAACAUCACAGCACCACAUUUACUAUUCUACAACAAAGGAGACUUAUGGUCUCAUUGCAUUUUCCCAGCUUCUGAGACCGCAUUGCUUUAUCUUCUUAAUUUGUUCGAAGAAGGCGAAAGACUUCCUGUUUCCUCCACAACAGAGUUCCUUAAAGCUCUCGGAACAUCACACUACACACUCCUUUAUCCAAAGGACGAAAAGAACAAGUCUACACAUGCACAUAGAUUUGCAACGACAGUUAUUGGCUUUAUCGACUUACUGCCAUUUACAAAAGAACUUGCUGAUGAAAUGGGAUUGAACUACUCUCAAAUGUACUUAUUCAGACUCGAAGAUGUCGCAUUAAUUCCAGUCGAAGAUAAUAUUACAGAAAUCAUCGAGGCAACAAUACCAGAUUACAGCAGAAUCUCUCCAGAAAUGCUUACAUCUGAUCUUAGCCUCGUAGUUGGCGCCGUUGUUAACAGAGUUACUCCAUCUGUUGUUGAUUACCUCGAAAGAGUUUCGGAAGCAAAGAUUGAAGGUGUUAAAGUUGGUUUCUUCGAUCGAGCUCUUCAUGAAGUCGUAAAUAUCUCAAAUGGUCAGACAAUUUCCGAAUUUCCAACUGUUGUGACCUUCCAGAGCAUUGUUCGUGAGUACUACGAGGUCCCAGAAGAGAUAAAUACCGAAUUACGUAACGGAAAUACGAAGAACGCUGCAGAACUCACUAUUAAUUUUCUGAAUAAUUUACCUGAAGCUAAGAAGCCAACAGAAGCUGUUCCAACCGAACAAACCGGACUAAUAAAGAAACUCGUUGGCUCUACACAUGACAAAUUCGUUGCUACAGAAGGAAAAGAUGUUAUGGUUUUAUACAUCUCUCCAGAUUCGAUUCAGACGAGGGAUUACAUGAGGAUAUUUAGAGAAGCAGCGGAAAUAAUAGUUGAAAAAGGUCAUGGAGACAAAUUUGAAUUUGGUAUCAUCAAUACUACAUUAAAUGCGGCCGAAAACUAUCCAACAAUGAUUGCCUUGCCUCACAUACAAGUUUACCCUGUAAACAAGGCUAAUAACAACUCUUUUUACGCACAGCCAACAAAAGAAGACAUUCUGAGGUUCGUAAAGAGGAAUUGUGGUAGUGAAUAUGAUGAUAUUGAAGUUCCUGAAGCAACAAGAAACGAAAACUCUCUAGAAAUCGUCCAAAUUUACGCAUUCUUGAGAUCUCUUGAUGAAGAUGCUCGCAGAAAGGCAGAUGAUAGACUGAGAGAGUUACUCCCAUCAAUUAACAUGACUCUGGAACAAAUGAAUGCUGCUGUUUUUGGAAAUCAAACACAAACUGAAUAA